AUGCCACUGAAUAACGUGCUGGAAGCAAGAGAGUCAGCGCUUGCCAAAUCAUUGGAUUAUAUGGAAAAAUUUGUAAAUAUCGAACCUUACUGUACUAAUAAAGAAGCACUGAAAUCGCAGUUGGAAGAUCGCUAUUCGGUAUCGCUCAAUAAAUCUGCAUUCUCGACGAAUUCAUCAUGUUCCAGCGAAAUUGAUUGUAUGGAAAAUGAAAAGGCAAAUUUGGACGAUUAUCGGAAGAAGCGUGAUCGAAACAACAUAGCUUCCCAGAAAUCACGUCGCAAGCGACAGCAGAAAUUUAUGGAACUUAAAUUGGAAGAACAGACACUGAAGAAACGAAAUGCUGAAUUACUAUCCUCCGUAAAAGAUUUGGAAAGACAAGUGGCCAGUUUCAAGGAGAUCAUGAUGAAUGUAGUUCUUGUACGCAAAUGA